AAGGAAAUUUCAGAACGCUUCAUGUUGCCUUAUGCUGACAAGCUGUAUGGAAAUGCUGAUUUUAUUUUCCAGCUGGACUUUACCCCUGCUCAUACAGCCACAAGGAAAGUGAGAGACAUCAGACCCAACAACGCAGAUGACCCAGAGGCUGCUGUCAUUGCAACCUGGGUUUCCAUUACACCUCACCAUAACCACAUGCUGAUUGCCAUGCUGCAGUGAUCCAUUAAUUCAUGCAAAACAAGGUCAAUUCAGAGACUGAGAGCAGAGAAUGUUGCUGAUGGACUUCUAAGCUGCUGCUUACCUCUGAUCGCCAAUGUCUGCAGCUGGUAAUCUGAAGAUGAACAUCAUACUCCUUCACUACAACUACACCGGAAAGCUGGACAACCAGCAGAUGUUUGCUUCUAAUCCAAGUGCUGUGGACGUCCAAACCAUCGUCUUCCUCAUCAUUUGCAGCUUCAUCUUCCUGGAGAACCUCACCGUCCUGGUGGCCAUAUGGAGGAACCACAGGUUCCACAACCGGAUGUACUUCUUCAUCGGAAACCUGGCCCUGUGCGACCUGCUGGCCGGAGUCGCUUACCUGGUCAACCUGCUCCUCUCUGGAGAAAAGACUUUUGAACUCUCCCCCACGCUGUGGUUCAUCAGAGAGGGCAGCAUGUUCGUAGCGCUCAGCGCCUCCAUCUUCAGUCUCCUGGCCAUCGCCAUAGAGAGACACUUGACCAUGAUCAAAAUGAAGCCUUACGACGCCAGCAAGAACUACAGAGUGUUUCUGCUCAUCGGCGCCUGCUGGGUGAUCGCCGUAACUCUCGGCGCUUUACCCAUCUUAGGCUGGAACUGCAUCCGUAACCUCCCUGACUGCUCCACGGUCCUGCCUCUCUACAGCAAGAAGUACGUAGCCUUCUGUAUCACCGUGCUCACGGUCUUGCUCUUAGCCAUGUCGGUCCUGUACGCUCGCAUCUACAUCGUGGUGAAGUCCAGCAGCCGCAAGGUGAGUAAGUACAGCAACUCUGAGCACGCCAUGUCCCUUCUGCGCACCGUCAUCAUCGUGGUCGGGGUCUUCAUCGCCUGCUGGACGCCCAUCUUCAUCCUGCUCCUGGUGGACGUGGCGUGCGAGCGGCGUUGCCCGGUCCUUUACCAGGCCGACUGGUUUAUCGCGCUGGCUGUGCUCAACUCGGCCAUGAACCCCAUCAUCUACACCCUGACGAACCGGCAGAUGAGGGGGGCCUUCCUGGCUCUGGUUUGUGCCGCUUGUGACAAGAAGCAUGUUGGGACCCUCAAGCCCAGCAAAAGCAGGAAGAAGUCACGGAGGAGCAGGAGUAAAUCUGACCAGGACCAGCGGAGUAGUCAGGAGGCAGACACGCGUCCUCAAUGACGUCUCAACAAUAGCUGGAACAAGAGGAGAUACCAAGAAGGGACAUCAGGCCAAUUGAAGACUAAAUAAAGGGAAAUCUACAGUAAGAAACUAGUUGGGGUCUUCAUCACCGGCUGGGGCCCCCAUCUUCACCCUUUUCCUGGUAGAUGUAGCGUGUGAGCAGCACUGUCUGGUCCUCUACCAGGCUGACUGGUUUGUUCAACUCUACACUCUGGUCAGCUUUCAUGACACAAGCUGUAGUGAUUGUAGUUUGUGACAUUGGCUGCACUUUUUGUGUCACAAACAAAUGCUUUAAAAGUGUAAUCUUCAGCUAUCCAGAGCAGCCCAGACCUUAUUCACAGGCUGUUUUUUUUUUUUUUUUG